AUGAAGUCGUAUCUGACAUUGAGAAGUAUCGCGAGGAGAUACAACCCUUUGCUAUCAAGGAACCAUGCUCUGGCAACACCGGCUAAAUGGCGGAGUUUCGUAACUGCCGCUACAACAACUGCUCAGAGCGUUGAUAAUCUCCCACUUGCGGGCAUUCGCGUUUUAGAUAUGUCACGAGUUCUUGCGGGACCAUAUUGUACGCAAAUACUUGGGGAUUUAGGUGCGGAAGUCAUCAAGAUCGAGCACCCAACCCGCGGCGAUGACACCAGGGCAUGGGGACCACCUUUCGCCAAAUAUAAAGAAGACGGCAAAGAGGGACCAGGAGAAAGCGCAUAUUAUCUAUCGGUAAACCGCAACAAGAAAUCUCUGGGACUGUCUUUCGCCCAUCCUUCCGGUAUCGAAAUCCUCCAUAAGCUCGUGAAGGAGUGCGACAUUCUGGUGGAGAACUACAUCCCCGGAUCACUAAAGAAAUACAAAAUGGACUACGAUACCGUGAAAGUUAUAAACCCAAAGUUGAUUUACGCGAGUAUUACGGGGUAUGGGCAGACUGGACCUUAUAGCCAACGGGGAGGGUACGAUGUCAUUGUCGAGGCUGAGAUGGGCUUGAUGCACAUUACUGGUUCUCGAGACGGACCUCCAGUGAAAGUUGGUGUCGCUGUCACGGAUCUAACCACUGGACUUUACACAUCCAAUGCAAUCAUGGCGGCAUUGCUGGCACGAGCGAAAACUGGGAAGGGCCAACAUAUCGACGCGUGUUUGAGUGACUGCCAGGUCGCUACGCUAUCGAAUCUGGCAAGUUCUGCACUGAUUAGCGGCGAAAAGGAUUCGGGGCGAUGGGGAACUGCUCAUCCUUCCAUCGUACCUUAUCGUGCAUAUGAAACGAAAGACAGCGAUAUACUUCUUGGUGGCGGAAACGACAAACUCUUCGGGGUACUGUGUGACAGACUAGGCCAACCGGAAUGGAAAGUAGACGAGCGUUUCGUCAGCAAUAACCUUCGAGUAAAGAAUAGAGAGGUCUUGGAUAUUAUGAUCGAAAACAAGACAAAACAGAAGACUACUCAGGAGUGGCUCGAGAUAUUCGAAGGCAGCGGCAUACCGUAUUCCGCUAUCAAUGACAUUCAGGGGACCCUGAACAACCCACAUGUGCUGGCCCGAGGGAUGGUUGUGGAGAUAGAGCAUCCGAGCUGCGGACCUAUAAAGUUGGUCAACACUCCUGUUAAGUUUUCCGAUGCUAAGCCAGGUAUAAGAACAUCGCCACCAAUGCUGGGUCAGCAUAGCGACGAUGUCCUUAGAGAUCUUGUGGGUCUUGGAGAGGACAAGAUUGCGCAAUUGAAGGAACAGAAAAUCGUUGCAUAG